GUCGUCAUUGUCGUCGCGCUGUUCCCGGCGUAUUUGUCAUUCGUCUGCGGUGGCAGUAGAAUUCGGGUUAGAUUUCUUGCGUUCGGAGAUUCGGCAUAUUGUUGUCAGCUGUGUAAUAUCGCGAGGUCACGAUAAUUACACAAGUUGGUGAAAUUUUGUGAAUGGUUAAUUGGUGACGCAGAAGCCAACUAAAAUUCGGGAGUGUGAAGUGUAAGCAAGCGCACAUAAACAAUGUGUCACCUUGAUUAAACUUGAGAUAUAAACACAAUCCAGAUUGUGACGCUAAAAAGUGGAAUGAAUCAGCGCGCGCUAAAGUCAACAGACUAGCACGCGUUUCGGGCGUCCAAGAAAGAUUUUGAUUUUCGCCACGGAUGUUCAGCAGGAUAGUGAGUGGUGAAAAAAAACACGUUCAAGUGCAAUAUUGUUCAUGAGCAACAGUCGAAGAGUGAGUUUAUCUUAGACGGAGAUUAAAGCCGACGUGUUGAAAUACGUAACAAUAACAAAUAAAAGGAAUUCCCCGUGAAUGGAAUGGAACCCUUCCGGAUGGUGUUUGGAUAGAAAACCUAAACACAGUGCCAGUUCCAAAAUUAAACCUCUUCUAAAAUGCGCAGUGCAAUAGGUUUCGUCGUCGAAUUGGAAAUCGUGCGUCAGUGAAGUUCACAACUUUUCCACAAGAAGGCAAACAUGGUGAGGAAAGUGUUUUAUAGUGCAAUGCCAGCUGAGUGGAAGUCAUAGUCAAGUUCCGAUUGUCCGCCCGCGUUGGCUGCAGUGUUACCGACCUGCUGUGAACAAAUCCAGUGGAACAAGCCAAAGCCAAGACGAGCAACGAAAACGCAACGUGGUUUUCCUCGUGCCGUCGUCGAAGACGGUUAGUUUUCUGAGUCAAGGUCACCGGCAGCAGUAGAAAUCAGCUGGAAGGAGUAGCAGUGCGCGUGGAAUUGGCGGUCGAUUAUAAGUGGGUGGGCCGACGACAGCUCUAUAUAGGUCUUCACUCCCCCACAAAGUGAACGAAGAAUAGUCGGCGAAGAACAGGAAACCAGCGCCAAGAACUGGGAACUCUGUAUUACAACCCAGCGAGCUUAGCAUCGAACCACAUUCGUCUCAGUUUUAUCACCAUCGACGCUGUAUUCGGAUAUCUUCAGAAGCAACAGUGAAUGUGCCAUUUGUUAUUUUAAUUUUAUAUAAGUGUUUUUUGUUAUUCCUACUGUGUAUCAUUUCUGUUAUGAUAUCGUUUCUACGUAAAUAAAUACAAACGUGAAAGUUCCGACCCAAAGAAUAAGUCAAACCACGUGUUCUAAAGUGUCUGUGCGGCAAGUGAUAGACCGCACCCAUCACCAUGACGGAACGUUUCAAGGUGACCAAGUCGGCGGCAUCUCUGGACGAAGAGGCCGCAGCGGUCACCGGCCGGUUGCUGUCGCCCUCCGAGAAGCAAGGUGAACCCACCGAUGAUCAGCCUUUCGUGUCCAAGGAUGGGAAAGUGGGCGCUAACCUGUAUCUGUACUCGGAGGAAAUCCAGGAACGUCCACAGAUCACCACCCUUAUUUCGUCCCUGGCAAACUACUCCAACACGAUACCCGCCGCAACGGAUCCAGAUGCAAAGCCAGCCCAAGCCUCGGCCCAAAUGGGCACACUGAUCGGUGUCUUUCUACCGUGUAUACAGAAUAUUUUUGGUGUAAUUUUAUUCAUCCGUUUAACAUGGGUAGUCGGUACAGCCGGAGCUAUAUUUGGGUUUCUAAUUGUGUUAUGUUGUUGUUGCGUGACUAUGUUAACUGCCAUUUCGAUGUCUGCGAUUGCCACGAACGGGGUGGUACCUGCGGGCGGGAGCUACUUCAUGAUAUCGAGAUCACUCGGGCCCGAAUUCGGUGGCGCUGUCGGGAUGCUGUUCUACACGGGAACGACCCUAGCGGCUGCCAUGUACAUCGUCGGUGCGGUUGAAAUCGUGCUGACUUACAUGGCCCCGUGGUUAUCGAUAUUCGGAGAUUUCACAAAAGACGCCUCAGCUAUGUACAACAAUUUCCGCGUCUACGGCACGGGUCUGCUCUGCGUAAUGGGUCUGAUCGUGUACUUGGGCGUGAAAUUCGUGAACAAGUUCGCAACGGUUGCGCUGGCCUGUGUCAUCUUUUCCAUUAUUGCGGUGUACGCCGGUAUCUUCCACAACGUCGAUGGCAACGAUAAACUAUUCAUGUGCGUUCUCGGAAAGCGUCUUCUGAAGGAUAUUGCGGUCGACAAUUGUACUAAGGAAGUGGGUGGACCUCUCUACAACACAUUCUGUCAGGGUGGCGAAUGUGAUCCUUAUUUUGCAGAACAUAACGUGUCGCUGGUGCGAGGUAUCAAGGGACUGAAGAGUGGAGUAUUUUUCGACAACAUUUUCCCGUCGUUUUUGCAAGAAGGGCAAUAUAUUGCAUACGGAUUAGAUCCGGAGCAUAUUGAGCCGCUUGACAGGCCCAGUUACAAUCAGGUCUACGCUGAUUGCACCACCGCUUUCACGAUAUUGAUCGGUAUCUUUUUCCCAUCGGUAACAGGUAUCAUGGCCGGGUCCAAUCGGUCCGGUGAUUUGGCCGACGCACAAAAGAGUAUUCCCAUCGGUACCAUAGGCGCCAUCCUAACCACCUCGACCGUGUAUCUAUCGUGUGUGAUGCUGUUUGCCGGCACGGUCGACAAUUUGCUACUGCGUGAUAAAUUCGGUCAAUCGAUAGGAGGGAAACUAGUGGUAGCGAACAUGGCCUGGCCCAACCAGUGGGUCAUUCUGAUUGGAUCGUUCCUGUCGACGCUCGGUGCCGGUCUGCAAAGCUUGACGGGUGCCCCCCGUCUGCUGCAAGCCAUCGCCCGGGACGGUAUCAUUCCCUUCCUGGAACCGUUUGCCGUGUCAUCGAAGCGUGGUGAACCAACCCGUGCGCUCAUCCUCACACUACUCAUCUGCCAAAGUGGUAUCCUGCUAGGAAACGUCGAUCUGCUGGCACCGCUGCUGUCCAUGUUCUUCCUGAUGUGCUACGGGUUCGUGAAUUUGGCUUGUGCCGUCCAAACGUUGCUGCGAACGCCCAACUGGCGUCCACGCUUCAAGUUCUACCAUUGGUCACUCUCGCUGAUUGGUCUAACGCUGUGCAUGUCGAUUAUGUUUAUGACAUCUUGGUACUUUGCCCUGAUUGCAAUGGUAAUGGCGGUGCUCAUCUACAAGUACAUCGAAUACCGAGGAGCCGAGAAGGAAUGGGGUGACGGUAUCCGUGGUAUUGCCCUGUCGGCCGCCCGCUACUCGCUGCUCCGGCUAGAGGAAGGCCCACCGCACACCAAGAACUGGCGCCCGCAGAUCCUGAUGCUGGCCAAGCUGAACGACGAUUUCACACCCAAGUAUCGCAAGCUGUUCUCGCUGGUUUCCCAGCUGAAAGCCGGCAAAGGUCUGGUGGUGGUCGUUUCGCUGAUGAAGGGCGAUUUUACCAAACGAGCCGGCGAGGCAGCAGCCGCCAAGCAGAGUCUCCGGAAGCUGAUGGAGGACGAACGGGUGAAAGGAUUCUGCGACGUGAUGGUGGCGUCCAAUGUGGCCGAUGGGUUGUCCCAUGUCGUCCAAACCAUUGGCCUCGGGGGCAUGAAGCCGAACACUGUGAUCCUUGGCUGGCCGUACGGAUGGCGCCAGAGUGAAGACGAUCGCACAUGGCAUGUGUUCCUGCAGACUGUCCGAAACGUUAGUGCCGCUCGGAUGGCUUUGCUGGUGCCGAAGGGAAUCAACUUCUUCCCAACGUCGCAGGAUAAGAUCUCCGGCAACAUCGACAUCUGGUGGAUAGUGCACGAUGGUGGCCUUCUGAUGUUGUUGCCGUUCCUGCUGAAGCAGCACCGCUCCUGGAAGAACUGCAAGAUGCGCAUCUUCACCGUCGCCCAGAUGGAGGACAACUCGAUCCAGAUCAAGAAGGACCUGAAGAUGUUCCUGUACCAUUUGCGAAUCGAAGCCGAAGUCGAGGUCGUCGAAAUGAUGGAUAGCGAUAUCUCGGCGUACACCUACGAACGGACUUUGAUGAUGGAGCAGCGCAACCAGAUGCUCCGGAAGCUGCGGCUCAACAAACGCGAAAAGGAGAGCGUCGUGGAACAUGCAGUGGACUUUAGCCAAGGUGCCGCCAACGGAGAGGAUCGAACACCUCUGAACUCAGAUCUCAAGGAAUACGUAUUCGAUACGGUGCAAGCAAUCGUGGACCACCAUCAUCAUAUCGAGAAUAAUACCAAAACGGCGUCGAAGGUCAGAUUCGCUGAUCCAUCCGAGAACAAGGACAUCUUCAAUGACGAAGAUCGUGAAGAGAAGCAUGAGACUGAAUCCGAAAAAGACAAGGACACCAAAGAGAGUGAGAACGACAAGGAUGCCAACAAUGAAAAUUCCGAAAAGAAGGAUCAACAGCAAUCGCCCCAGCCAGUGGCCAACAAUGUGGUCUCGCCCGGAAAGGACAGCAAGAAGAACGCCGCCGGGGAUGAAACGCCCAAAUCGCCUAGUAAAGCUAAUUAUAAGCCUGACGAAGGCAACGUGAGACGAAUGCACACGGCUGUGAAACUCAACGAGGUUAUAGUCAACAAGUCACACGACGCUCAGCUGGUCAUACUGAACCUGCCCGGCCCGCCGAAGGAAACGCGUAUGGAGCGGGAAAGCAAUUACAUGGAAUUCCUAGAGGUCCUCACCGAAGGUCUGGAACGAGUGCUGAUGGUGCGAGGAGGUGGACGAGAGGUCAUCACCAUCUACUCUUAAGAAGAACUCUGCAGCGAACCACCACCACCAUCCCUCCUUUGUCCUCCGCCUGGCCGGUGUCGAUUGGCGGAGGAUAGAAAUUCUCCCGCGGCUGCUAGAUCCGAGGGUCUUAAAUACGCUUCAAACAUCGUCGUCGCCGUCGUCGUUAUCGUCGUCGUCGUUCGCCGAAAUACACACACACACAUACUACACGUACUACACAAAUUCGAGAAAAAAAAUAUACAUACAUUAACAUAACGAACAAAGAACACAAGAUCGCGAAAUCACACAUACAAUAACAUUUUUCUACACUCGAAAACAAAAAAAAAAUAAGAAAGCAAAAGUUGAGAAACCAAAAAGUUAGAAAUUAUAGUCAAACUGUGAAUUCUACUAGUUUUAGGGUACAGCAUCGGGGAUAUAAAAGAGAAUAAAGUAAACAUUAGUUAAUAGGAAGUAUUAUACUUCCGCAAGUGAACGUACGUAUCGCGUUAGGGUUUAGCAAAUAAACAAACAAAUCCAGUAGAUUACAAAUGAUGAAGAUGAUAAGUGAAAGCGAAUUAGGAAAGUGAUGUACUUUCGUUCAGAACGGAAGUAACACGAAUCAAACUGUCUAUUUG